AUGUCUUCAACCAUCACUACUACAACGACUUCGCUGUCUGUUCUUGCCGACUAUGAAGUCCACCACAGCGGCGAGGAGAAUGUCCCCGCGAGGAUUCCCUCUCAGCCUCAAGCGGAUCAACCCGCCUGGCCGACUCACCACCGCCGUAUGCCGGCUUAUCGACCAGCGAAUCGAGAACUGGAUUUGACGCAGCGGCCGGCAGGGAAUGGACAUCCGGCGGAGUUUGCUUUUAUUCAAAUCAUGUUGCAUGGUGUGUGGCUCAACGCAUCCGUUUCCAGACUAUGGAGAUUUACCGGGGGAAGGAUCAACGAUAAGAUAUUCCAUUAUCAGGUCGGUGGGGAGUGGUGA